UCUAGUUUACAGAUAUGCCUAUUUUUUACUAAAUUUUUAUGAAAAUGGAAUUAUAUAGGAAAUACUUUUUGAAGCCUGCUUUUCUUCUGGGUUUUGAAGAUGCCCCGUGUCAUGAGCUCUGGGGGUGGAUCUUGGUAGCACCGCACACGGCUGGCUGGACACACUUUUUCCAGAAGCUUCCGCCCCUGCUUCUUGGCCCGCUCUGGCCCGCAGGCUCCGGUGCUUCCCUGGCCCUCCGAGCCUCUGGAGCGCUCUCCCUAGCCCCUUCCCCUGUCUGCACGGCGGCCCCCCACCUGGAGGCCCGUUCCUGCUUUCCUUUCUCUGCCUGUGCUUCCUGCAUCUCCCGGUCCUGCCGCUCGCUGGACACAUCCGGCUCCUCUUCCCUCCCAACCUCUUCCUCUGGCUGCCCUCUUAAUGCCAGUGGCCUCAUGUCCUUCCUGUCCCCAGGCCCCAAACCUCAGGGCUCAGACGCUCUGCUCCCUCAUCCCCGCUUGCCUCCCCCACUCCCUGCGCCCCACAGCGCCCUGGACGGGCCAUCCAUCCUGCCUCCGCUUUCUCUCUCGCCUCUGUCUCCCGCCUCACCGGCCCAGCUGUUGCCACAGGCUCUCGUCCUCCACAUGGCUGACAGUGUGGUUUUGUUUAAACUGGUGGCUGCCAGGCGCGGUUUUGUCCAAACAAUAUGGUGGCUGCCAGGUGUGGUUUUGUCCAGACACAGAUCAGAUCUCACCGUGGCUCCUCAUCCUCCCCGCCCGUCUCAGAGGCCUGGAAUGGCAUGGAUUGUGGCCCUGUGUUGCAGGGUGUACUCACGCUACCCUGGAGUGUUCCAGCCGUCCGUAGUGUCGACGGGCCCCAGACUGACCUGCUUGCCUCAAAAUUCAGUGGUUCUCGGGCCCAAUAGUGUGGCUGCCCAUUUGCUCAAGAGAGGUAUAGAUAGAUAUCCUUAAUAUCUUAAGCUGGAUAAAACUAUUUCCCCUAAAAGUCAUAUAGAAAUAAUUCUUUUUUUAAAAAAAAAGAUUUUAUUUGACGGACAGCACAAGCAGCGGGGAGUGGCAGUCAGAG